CGCAUGCGCAGGCGGUAAAUUCAAACGCGAGCAGUGUAUCAUUUGAAUGAGUUGCUGUUGUCAUAAACAGCGUAGACCAACUGCAGACAGGAAUAGUGGAAACGACGACUAUCAUUAGGAAUGUCCACCAUGGAUGAGAAUACCCCGCCAGCACAAAUGGCAAGAGGGAAGACAGUGAGUGGAAGCCCCUCCAUCAGAUCUGUGCUGAAACCAGUAGAAAACGUCGUACAGCUCCAGUCACCUGGAAAUAAAAAUCUAAAGGUGCCUUCCCAGCCUUCUCCACUAGCCACAGCACCUACCACCACCAACAGUGACGCCUACACAGUAUCUGCAGACUCAGAUGACGAAAUUCAGUUCCAGACCAAGGCCUAUACAAAUGAUGAGAAUGCAGAUCCUUUCAAAUCCAAGGGAGGUCUGGCCAACUCUCCAGUCACAUCUGUACUAGCUUCCUCUGUCGGGAAUGUUGCUGCAUCUCCAGCUAGAGCUGUUGACUCUCCAGUGAGGAGCAAGGAAGAUGUGGAUCCUUUCAAGACAAGGUCUCAGAUUGCCAACUCUCCAUUAGCUGCCCCAGAAGGCACUGAUGAUGACAGUAUUCUGGCUUCCAUGACUGGACAGGCAGAUGCACAGGAUGAAGAUGCCUUCAAGACGAAGGUUCAGCUUCAGAAUUCACCCCCUAAAGAAAUAAAGAAUACACCUGUUAAAGCCAUCCCUGACGAUUCAGAUGUUGAUCCUUUUAAACCCAAAUCACAAAUUGCAAACUCUCCGGUGAUUCCUCUUUCUGAAGUAUCAAUUGGUUUACCUGACAAUUUGGAUGAAGUCGACCCAUUUAAAACCAAAUCACAAAUUGCAAACUCUCCAGUGAUUCCACCUUCUGAAGUAUCAAUUGGUUUACCUGACAAUUUGGAUGAAGUCGACCCAUUUAAACCCAAAUCGCAAAUUGCAAAUUCUCCAGUGAUUCCUCCUUCUGAAGCAGCAACUUGGUUUACUGACAAUUUGGAUGAAGUUGAUCCAUUUAAAACCAAAUCGCAAAUUGCAAAUUCUCCAGUGAUUCCUCCUUCUGAAGCAGCAACUGGUUUACCUGACAAUUUGGAUGAAAUUGAUCCAUUUAAAACCAAAUCACAAAUUGCAAAUUCUCCAGUGAUUCCAUCUUCUGAAGUAUCAACUGGUUUACCUGACAAUUCGGAUGAAAUUGAUCCAUUUAAACCCAAAUCACAAGUUGCAAAUUCUCCAGUGAUUCCUCCUUCAACAGUAUCAACUGGUUUACCAGAUACUUUGGAUGACAUUGAUCCUUUUAAACUCAAAUCACAAAUUGCAAAUUCUCCUUCAACUGCUUCUAUUGAGGUAUCCAAUGGUUUGCCUGAAAACCUGGACGAAUUUGACCCUUUUAAAUCUAAGAACAUGGUUCAAAACUCACCUGUUAAAUGUUCUGCCCAGACCACUGUGGAAGCAGCUGAAUGUUUGAAGAUUUUGGAGGAUGGUGAACCAAAGGAACAAGAUUCAAACCAGACGUCUGAGUGUUCAUCACAUGAAUUUACUGAAGGACUGCCAGACAGUCUUGACGGUAUUGAUGUUUUCAAACCCAUGGCUCAGAUGGUUAACUCUCCAUGCCAGAAUUCAACCAUUAACUCGACAAUGGGAACUGCAGAUCUCACUGUAAUUGAGAAUUUGCUUGAUGAUAUUGAUCAGGUAGAUCCCUUUCAACCCAAAUCAGAAAUCACAAAUUCACCAGUAAAAACCUCUCCUGAAUCUACUGAUCUGACAGAAUCAGAUCUUGACCCUUUUAAACCUAAGUCACAAAUGCAAAAUUCCCCCAUCAAAGAAACACCAUCAAAAACAGCAGAAGCGUCUAUGGGCCUCCCAGACACUGUUGGUGAUGUUGAUCCUUUUAAAAGUAAAUCACAAAUACCAAAUACUCCUCUCGGAGAAACACCAUCUGAUGCAACUGGGAACCUACCAGAAAAUCUUGAUGUUGACCCGUUCAAAACUAAAUCGCAAAUACCAAAUUCCCCUGUCAAAGAAACACUUUUGGCAGGAACUGGGGACCUACCAGAAAAUCUUGAAGAUGUUGAUCCUUUUAAAAGUAAAUCACAAGUACCAAAUUCUCCUCUCAGAGGAACGCCAUCUGUUGCAACUGGGAGCCAACCAGAAAAUCUAGAUGUUGACCCGUUCAAAACUAAAUCCCAAAUCCCAAAUUCCCCACUCAAAGAAACACCAUUGACAACUGUUGGUCUACCAGAAACUCUUGAUGCUGUUGACCCUUUCAAAACAAAGUCCCAAGUUGUCAAUACCCCAGAUAUGAAAAAGGAAGUUCUGCCAGUUACAGAUACAGACCCUGAGAUAGACCCUUUCAAAACCAGCAAUCAGGUGGCUAAUUCACCAUUGAAAAUUGAAUCAACAUCUUCAGCUAAGCCUGUUACUGACAUUGAUACCACUGAUCCUUUCAAAACAAAAAGCCAAGUCAUGAAUUCACCCAUAAAGCCUACAGCCGAAGUGAAACAAGCUGCUCCUAAGGCUGUUGCGAAACAGAAAACAAACCUACAACAUGUGACCAACCGGUGGACUUUGAUAGCAUUGAUCCCUUCAAGACAAAGACCUGUGUGGCUAGUUCUCCGGAAGCCUGUCUCAACCAUGCCAGGUGAUGCUGAUCCAUUCCAAAUGAAGUCUAAGAUUCAAAACUCUCCAGGGUCAUUGCCAGAUGGUGAUCCUUUUAAAACUAUAACCCAGCUGCACAAUUCACCUGUUAAAGCAGGCAAUCCCACAAUUACUGUAGACAAUGGAGGAGACCCAUUUCAAAGCAAGUCCAAGGUGCCCAACUCACCGGUCAAACCAUGUGGUCUGAUGACUGGCUUAGACCCCUUGGUGCCCAGUGUACAGGUCGAGCAUUCACAACAAGUGCCAUCAUCUGUAUUUGCAGCAGAGUUAAAUUUAAUUGGGGACCCCUUUGCAACCACAGUGAAAGUUGGAAAUUCACCUGCAGGAAAGACACAGCCAGCUUCAACUGUGAUGAUAGAUUCACAAGCUUCUCGGCAACAACCUGUCCAGGCGAGUUGUGUUGAUCCUUUUGACAAUCUGGACGCUUUUAACCCAUUCCAGACAAAGUCAGGGUUGGGUAAUACUAACAGCAACUUCAACAAUAACGGGCUACCGAAGACUCCCAGACAGAAUUCUGGUGGGAUGGAUCUCAUAGGCGACAACGUCAUGUGCAUGAUUGCCACAGGGGAAACAGCUGGUGGACAAGAGGGUAUGAACUUUGCCCAGGAUGAUUUCAGACCUGCAAAUGAAGUAUUCAGUGAUCCAAAUGUUUGGGACAUGCUGGAGACCUUUGGCAGUAACAACACUAAUGCUGAGUCUGAUCUGUCACGUAUGUCUCUGUACGUCAAGUUUGAUCCUCUGGUCAACUCUAAACCUGCCCACAGCCCUGCAGGAAUAGCACGUGGAAUACAGAAGAUGGAAGUUGUUAAAGAUGGUGAUGAGAGUAUCAUGUUGAUGGGAACACCACCACGUGGUGGAGGUCGACGGAGAUCUAUCCUCGUCCAGCGCAGACCUCCAGCUGCCGUAGCCAAAACCAUCUUUGAAGAAGAAGAUGUGGAAGAAAAGAAGGAAGCUAAGCCCCUCCUGGUGGAUCUCAUCUUCUCCUGUAGUCCAGAAGCAGAGGAACUCCAACAGGAAAAGAAAUCCGAUCAGACUGAAGGUCUGACUCAAGAUCAGGCAGCCCCUACACCCAGACAAGAUACUAAGAAAGAUGAAACCUUCUUCGAGGUUGUUGAGGUGCUGAAGUACUCAGAGACGGAUGUCAAGAAGAUGCUGAAAAAGCAACGUCAGGAGCUGACGCUGGAGUCUCAAGGGAGACAACUCUCCUUGGAGCAGGAGUUGAGUAAGAAGCAGACGGCCCUCAGUGUGGAGGCUAAGCACUAUAAGGAGUUGGCCGACCAGCUAGAAGUCAAGAACAAACAGAUGAGACAAGUUGUCGUUGAAUACGAAUCCUUCAUCAAUGAGCUAGUCAAUGAAAAGGAAAAGAAUUCCUGCGAAUCUAAAGAAUCCAAAAACAAAUUAAAGAGUGAAAGAAAUCAGGCAAUAGAGGACCUACAGUCAGUGGAGAAGUCCUUUGCCGAUCUGCAUCGUCGGUAUGAGAAGGUUAAGUCAGUGCUAGAAGAUUACAGAAAGAAUGAAGAGACAUUGAAGAAGACUAACAAGUCGCUCAUUGCGAAGAUGCAACAGCAGGAUGAAGCAAUGAACAAGCUGAAAACUCAAGCGGAGACGAAGAUAAAACAAGCCCGUGAAGAGAGAGAGAAAGAGAAGUCAAGUAGCAAUGCUGAGAACAUCAAACUACAGGCCGCUCUCAAGAAGAGUGUACUUCAUUCACAAGGUCUGGAGAAAACACUGGAGCAGAAGGGCAGGGAAAUAGCGGAGCUGACAGACCUGUGCGACACACUGAUAAGUCAAGUUGGAGGAGGCUCGUGAUUUCAGGAAGCAGACAGUAUUUUAUCGAACACAGAACUGUCUCCACCAUUAAGGGACUACAUUUUUACUCAUGGAUGCCAUGAAGUGAUUCCUGCAUGAAUUCUUUUUGUAUUAAUGCAUCUUUUGGGAAAUAGAGCAAGCGUUUUACUUCAUGGUACAUCGUACAUGAGGUCUUCAGCUUGUAUCAAGACCUAUCAUGAAGCUAAAUACAGACUGGCAAACAGUGAAUCAUAUUUCUGCACUAUGUGAAAUGCUAACUGCAGAGACAAAAUAAAUCAGGUUAUACAUCUUCCCUGAUUGCUAUUCUGAUGUGGAGUUUAUUGACACAUCACACCAAAUGCUGGGAGAGGAUAUAUACUGGUGGGCUGGUGUUUUGAUAACAUGUGGUAAAUGCAUUACUUUUGUCAAUGUCAUUUUUGUAGUAAUUGCAUUUGCUGUAUAAACUAAAAUGUUAUAUUUUAUUGAAGAAUAUUUGGUUUGUGGACAUUUCAGUUUCAAAGCCCAACACUGCGUGAAGAAAAUCAAACAUGUCUAUUUGUUCAUGUAAUGACAAGGACAAGGAAACUGAAAGUCAAUGGUUAGCAAUACAUUUACUGUAACUAGGCAUGUGAACUGAGAGCAUUUACUCUUAUAAGUAUCAUUUUGCCUUUCAGUAUGAUUUGAUGAACUGAGUGUCCUAACCAUUUAGUGCUGUUUAUUGACCUAAGUGCUGUCUCAAGUGCUAUUUUGUGUGUGAUAUUGCUGUUCAUGAACAGAUUGGUUGAUCAUUAUGUUUGCAAUAUGGUUGGGAUUUUUCUGUUUUGCAUUCAUGUGCUCAUUGUCAUGUCAAUACUAAAAUAUGCACAAUUCAUCAGCCAGAGAAAAAUGGUUUCUGUAAAUCAAUUUCAAAGGAUUUUCAAUGAAGAUAAUAACUUCGUUAUCAUUAGAUGCAACAAAUGUAUGCAAGUUGCAUAAGUUUACACCAGCUUGUGAAAGCUAUUGUGCAAUUUGAGAAAAAAGACGGCUUCGUCGGGAAACCGAAAACACUCAAGGUUUUGGAUGGAGAGUAGAGGUUUCUGAGAUUUGUUCAUGUCUUUCGAUUGUAUGUACAUUAUUUAUCAUGUUCUCUGUAUUUGGUGUCUCGUAUGGCUCAUAAUGACAUUGGCAGGUUUAGGUUGUAGUUUCAAUUCAACAAACGUCAGAAGAACACUGUUUCUAGUUGAUGUCAUAAGACUUUAUGAAUAAGAUUGUUUGCUUCAAUAGUGAUGGUGGUAGAAUUGAAAUAUUGCCUUUGUGACCAUCAGAAGUUGGUGCAUCUGAUGUUUCACUUGGUUAGCAUCAUUAGUGUCCAACGUCGCAGUGAACUGUGCAUCAGAUGAGACUUAUGGUGAAGGUCCUCUAUACCCCAUAUACGAAUGAUUAAAAAUCAGGGUUAUAUGUGACCUGGCUGAUUGUUGGACUUUUGUAACAAUAGAUGGUCUGUUGCUCAACUUCCUUGAUGUAGCUGCAAUAUUGCUGACUGUGGUGGUGUAAAACAAAAUGCACUCGUUCACUAGAGUUUGGUUCCAGGCUCUUCAUUCAUGGUGCAUGCUUGUCAGCUUGUAAGAAAUUAUAUAAUAUAUAUCAUCGUGAUAAUGCCAUUGUUUAUGUUGACUGAUUUCAACUAAAUCUUGCACUUUGUACUUAUUUCAUGAGUUAUCUCUGUCAUCACUUUCAAUACAUCUGUACAUCUCACAAACACAACAGACAGAUCAAGGAUAUUUCACGGUGGCGUCCUUUUAGUUUAUUGGACUGUCAGGGUGUUGCUAUCCUCAGAGUUUCUAAAAUUUCUUGUCACUAUGCAAGAAGGUCUGUAAAAGUAAUGAAAUCAUAAUUAUUUUUUACUCCCAAAUAUAUUUUCAUAUGCCUCUACUAGUUCUCAGGGCUUUGUGGGGUAGCCUAAUUGUUAAAGUAGCUGUUCGUCAUGCUUAAGACCCGGGUUCAAUUCCCCACGUUGGUACAAUGUGUGAAGCCCAUUUCUGGUGUCCCUGCCGUUAUAUUGCUGGAAUAUUGCUAAAAGUGAUGUCAAACUAUACUCACUUACUAGUUCUCAGUCCCCACCUAAACCUCUUGAUCUGCCCCUGUGUGACAUCUCAACACAUCACUACUCUUUACAUGCACACCUUCACAUUCAUUCUUUGUUUGAUCUCACACUUGUCUCACACUCACCUGACAUCAAGGUGUUCAAUAAACUUACUACUCAG